AUGAUCAUUGUCUCUGUCAUUAUUACCGUUGUUACUUUCUUUCGCUUUUUUCCCCUUUUAGCUACUGUUGGUUGCAACUUCUUUGCUUUCUUUCUUUCUUUCUUUGCUUCAUGCUUUACAAAUUUUAUCUUGUUGAUUUUUCAUCACGUCCAAAAAUCUCUCUCUGCAUUCAUGGGCUUAGUCGAAGACAAUUCUGUUGCACAUAUUCACUUCAAUUUCCUCCUCUUCCACUUCUCUCAUUCUAUUCACCUAUCUUUUCUAAAAUUAACUUCCCAAUUUCUCUAUUUCCUCACGUUUCUUUUUUUUACCUCUCUCUCUUGCGAAUUUUCUCUUUCCUUCUUCAAUCAUUCCCUACGUUUUCCAUUUUCUUUACCACUCUUUCUUACGAAAUUUCGCUUCCCUUCGUUGCUUUUUGCCUACGUUUUCCCUUUUUUUUUAGCACGCUGUAAAUUUCGAAUUCUCUCUUCCUUUCUUCAAUCUUUUCCUUCGUUUCCUUUUUCUUUACCUCCCUGUCUUCCGAAUUCUCUCUUCCCUUCUUCAAUCUUUCCAUACGUUUCCAUUUUCUUUACCUCUCUAUCUUCUGAAUUCUCUCUCCCCUUCUUCAAUCUUUACAUACGUUUCCACUCUCUUAUCUUCCGAUAUUCUCUAUUCUCUUCAUCACUCUUUCCCUACAUUUUCCAUUUUCUUUACCUUUCUGUUUUCCAAAUUCUCUCUCUCUCUCUUUCUCUCUCUCUCUUUCUCUCUCUCUUUCUCUCUCUCUCUCUCUCUCUUACUACGUCUCCCUUUCUCAGCGUUUUCCAUUUCCCUUACACAUCUGCCUUUCGAAUUCUUUUACAUCUUUCGCCUCUGAUAUUUCUUUUCUUCUCUACUUCUCUCUUUCUCCGCCUUUUCCAUUAUCCUCACCUGUCAGUCUUCGGGACUCUUCAUUUCUCUAAUUCUAAAUUACGACUUCUUUCUUUCCCAGCGAUCUCCUUUUCUCUAUUUAACUCUUUCCCUCACCCUUUUUAUUUGUCUGCAAUUCUUUCUAUCCUAAUAUUCUGUCUUUCCUCACCUUAUUUCUCCUUUUCUUUACUUGUCUUACUUUCCUUCUUCCUUUCUCUCUAA